CCGGCUCCGUUUCGUCGAGUUUAAUCGGCCGGUUUGUUGUUUUUUCGGAGAAAGGACGCGCGGCGGACAGGAGGGGGCGUGGCCUCCGGGCUUAAGAAACUCCAGCCAUUGUUCCACUCCAACGCGCCAAAAGAACACCUCUGUGCAGGCCGCAGCCAAUCACAGCCGGCCGACCUCCUCCGGGCCCCGCCCCCCAGCCUAUAUUAAAGGCUCGGCCGUGAGCAGCGCUGGCCACUGGCACAAUAUAACAGUGAUUGAUCCGAACCGAGCCGAGCCGAGCCGAGGAUUUACGUUCUUCAACCUUUCAUUUGAGCCGUCCUUUAUUUUCCUCCUAACAAUGGCAGACACGCAGGUCGACUCCGGCUCGGACAUCUCUGCCAAGGACCUGAAGGAGAAGAAGCUGGUGGAGGAGAAGGAGAACGGCAAAGACGCCGCCACCAAUGGCAAGGAGAACGAGGAGAACGGCGAGCCCGACGUAGACGACGAAGAGGACGAGGAGGUGGAUGAGGAGGACGAGGAAGAUGACGGAGAAGGCGAGGAGGAAGACGAGGAGGACGACGACGACGAGAUCGAGGGCGGCACAAAACGGGCAGCUGAGGACGACGAGGACGACGACGAGGACGACGUCGAAACCAAGAAGCAGAAAACCGACGACGACGAUUGAUGCGUUUCCCCCACGCCAUCCUGCUGAAACACUUCCUGGUUCUUCACCUCUGACCUUUUCUACGUCACAGGUGGAGGAGCUGGAGGACUGAUUAAAGGAAAAAUAAUAAUAAAAAAUCCAACAUGGUCAUUAGCAAGUAGAGUUCAACAAACACACACACACACACACACACACCGAUCUCCCCUCCAAACUGCUAAACAAAUUUUCUAGAGGAACUCGCCACAGACGCAGAAAUCCGGCUUCUCUUUAACAACAACACCAACGGAGAAUUUGUUUGUAUUUUUAUUUACAUUUUAUAUUUUUGUACAUAUUGUUAAGAAGGGGAAGUUUCUCCCGGCAGCGAUCUCGUCAGACCAAAUCGGUGCUUCUUUAACGAAAGAUUUUACUUGGUUGACCAUGUUACGAUAUCCGACAGAUUCUAGGGAACACACACCGUGUACACACACCGUGUACACACACCGUGUACACACACCGUGUACAAACAGUAAACAUGAACCUCUUAAGCCGUUGAACUCAGAGCAUUCCAGUAAAUUUAAUGUAUGUACUUUAGCUGUACCAUAACUAGUUUGUUUGUAUGGGAGGGUAAGGCCAAAGAAAAGAGCCUCUUUUCUUUUUCCUUUUUUUGUUCUUGUCAGCGACUUUUUGUUUUAUGACGGCCUGUUUUGAUGUAUGUGCGAAGUUUGUUGUUUGACAAUAAACCGGACUUUUAUUUUGUGAGUUGUA